AUGGCUUCUGUGGAUAAUUUUGAAACGCUGAUGGAUUUGAAAACGGGAGACCAAGCAAAGCGGAUGGUGAAUCGGCUGCAUGGAAUGUAUCGUGUUGGAGACAAUGUGCACUGGGGGCUUGUCAGCAGGUUUGUCGCCACAGAGCUAGCACAGAGGCUUGGAGAAACUUUUGUGAGAAAGAUCGAGCAGUUGGUGGGGAUCGCUCAGAAUCCGAUACUUCGUUGUUUGUUGUUUGAGAUGCUAUUCUUUGCUCGGAUAGGAAACAACCCAGGGCUACGUGUGACCAGUAGGACAGGAGAAGAAGUCAAUUGGGAGAGCCUUGCUGUGAAGACGUUUGACCCGACACAACUCUAUACGUCUGGAAUCGAGAGGAGUGUAUGCCUAAAGCCAAUAGCUUGGAAUCAGGGCAGCUACGACGCGGUGAUUCUAGAUCUAAGGGAGAGGAUAGUGCGCUUUGUGCAGGUGACAGCGGCAAGCAAGCAUGACCUGAGACUGCAGUACUUUGCAGACUGCAUGGAUGCCUUGAGCAUCGAAAGAUGGGGUCAAUGGAAGUUGGAGAUUGUUUUCGUCGUCUCAAAGGACAAUCUUGCAGAGUUCAGUCUGAGCGAGGUGGUCGAGGAAGGCGCGCUCGCUAGGUAUGGUUGGAGAGCCGGAGAGGAAGCGAGCAAAGCGUGUGUGGUUGGGAUGGACCCUAGACCACAAGGAUGA